GGGAAUAGUCCCGAGUGAAAAACGAUACGCUCCCUCCUGAAAUCUUGAGCUGUACGUCGGCGACGAUAUCCGUCCGGCAUCAUUCGACAGGUAAUAGGCCGCCGUCGGCGUCGUUACGUCAUCAUCAUUACUGUUGAUUUCCUGCUUAUUUUUCAUAAUCUUCAAACCCUAAUGCAACGCACGCCGACGUAUAUGACCAGUAGUCACAUAUUCAAAUCAUGAUUCGAAGUAUUAUAAAACCGUUCUUCGAAUAUCCAUUUAGCCGCCAACAUAGUACUCUUAAUAAGCUCUUUUCUUCAACAUCAUCGUUAACUGAUUCUAUAGGCGUGUAUUAUUCAGAUAAUGCUGUGACGGAAGAUUUAGAUUCCCAAUUAAGACAGCUUCUAGAAAAUCCCAAUCCCCAAUAUGUAGAUGCUGUAACUCUUUUUGAACGGUCGGCUGAUUUGGGCCUGAUUCCUUCUUCUCCCACAUGCAAUUUCAUCGUGGAAACCCUAGGUAGAAACAAGAAGCACAACUUAGUGUUGCAAGUUUACAACAGAAUGAGUAGAAUUGGGGUAGGGCCUUGGUUUCUUUCAUAUGGUGCUGUAAUCGAGAGUUUGGUGCGUUUUCAGUACCCUGAAUAUGCUAUUUCAGUUUUGGGUUUGAUUCUAAAAAGUGGUUUUAGUGUGAAUGUGUACCUUGUUAAUCUUGUGUUGAAUAGUCUGUGUUGCAAGAACAAGGUUGGUGAUGCAGUGGGGCUUUUUCGUGAGGUUUCUAGGUAUGGGGUUGCUCCUGAUGAGUGUACUCUUAAUACCCUUGUUAAAGGGCUUUGCAAGACUUGUAAAUAUGAUGAGGCGUUAGCGUUGACUGGUGAAAUGGAGGAGGCAGGUUGUGCUCCCAAUUUUGUUACUUACAAUAUUUUGAUAGAUCAUCUUUGCCGGAAUGGAGAGAUUGGCAAGGGGAAAGAGGUUUUUGAUGAUAUGACGAGUAAACGGAUUUUCCCGCCCAUAGGCAUAUAUAAUUCUUUGGUUUAUGGUCUUUCUAAGGAGGGAAAGUUCAAAGAAGCUAUGAGCAUCUUAACUGCUAUGAUGGGAAAGAAGAUUCUACCAGAUGUUGUUACUUAUACAUGUCUAAUCAACGGGCUUUGUCAUAAUGGGAAGGCUAAGAAAGCUUUUGAUAUACUUAAUUUGAUGAUAGAAAGCGGUCAAGAGCCCAGCAACAUUACAUACAUGCAUUUGAUUGUUGGGUUAUGCAAUGAGGGGUUGCUGGUUGAUUGUUUUAAAUUAUUGAAGAUGAUGAUGGAGAAGGAAAAGCAGCCUACCACUGAAUUUUUCAAUAAGUUAGUUAAAGAACUAUGUGAUCAAAGGAAGGUUGAUGUUGCAUUGAGACUCUAUGACAUGUUGAUUGACAAGAAUGAUGUUAAACCAAAUGUUAUGACACAUAAUCUGCUUAUCCAAGGCCUCUGCAAAGAAAACCGUAUUAGUGAGGCAGCAGAGAUUUAUCAGAAGAUGCGUACGGUUAAAAUUUCUGGUAAUGUGGUAACUUAUAAUUCACUUAUAGAUGCCUAUUUGAGGGGUGGGGAAGUUGAAAAGGCUAUGGGGAUAUGGAAGCAAAUGCUCCAACUGGGAUUCAGUCCAAACUCAUACACCUUCAGUCUCAUCAUUAAAGGAUCCUGCAAAUUAGGUAUGAUUAACAUUGCAAAAGGGAUUUUUAUUCGAAUGAGAAGAAACCAUGGUCUUGCACCCGAUGUGUGUGACUUCAAUGCAUUAAUGUCGGCAUUGUGCACAGAGGGUAGUUUGGAACAAGCAACAAUGUUGUUUCAAGAAAUGGGAAACAAGCACUGUAAGCCAGAUGUCACUUCAUUUAAUAUCAUGAUUGAUUCAUCGUUCAAAGCAAGGAACACAGAGUAUACAAACAAAUUACUCUUGAUGAUGCGCGAAAUGGGCGUGGAUCCUGAUGCAUACACUUUCUCCAUAUUGAUAAACAGGUAUUCUAAACUAGGUGAUCUGGAGGAGGCAUGGAGAAUGUUGAAUAUGAUGGUUACUUGGGGCUUCACGCCAGAUAAAUACGUAUAUGAUUCUUUGUUAAAAGCUUUGUGUGAAAAGGGUGAAACGGAUAAGAUUUUUAAGUUACUUCGUGAAAUGGCUGCAAAGGGGAUUGUACUUGACUCAAAAUUAACUUCUACUAUCUUGACCUGUCUCUGUCUUACUACUGAUGAUAUCAAUCUUAUGGAGCUUUUACCAAAAUUCUCUCAAGAAACUUCAGAAGUUGGCAUCAAAUGCAGUGAGUUACUGGCACAACUCCAGACUCCAAGGUGACCUACAAUGUUCAACUUCCUGAUAUGUUUCACUUUCUGGAGUGCCAAUGGAAAUCUUAUGAUCUUCGGUGAGCCUUCUGCCUAUUAUACCAAUCAAUGCUUACUUUAGCAUAGUAUGUAAACAAACUGCUUAUGGUUUUUAGCACCAUGGGGAAUGCUUCCAUCAGAAAAAUGCUCCAACAGUGAUCAAGAUUGCAAUCAGCACAACUUACAACAUGCUGCCCCUCAAUUACCACAACGGCUUGCAACUUUGCUGACUUCUGUCGGACUCAACUACUUCACAUUUCCAUGGUU